AUGACCACAGAGAAGGUGGAGGAGAGGAGGGAGUUCGAAUGCAGCCUCCCACGUCCAUGUGAGUUUUCCACAGUGGAUGGAAUCCUUCUACAAAAGGAGUCGUGUGACAUCUGGGACAGAAUUUGGAACUUCCAAGCCAAGCCCGACGACCUGAUCAUUGCAUCGUAUCCCAAAGCAGGAACCACUUGGACACAGGAAAUUGUAGAUCUGAUACAGAAUGAGGGAGACGUUGAGAAAAGUAGACGAGCCCCCAUUGCGCUUAGGCAACCUUUCUUGGAGUGGAUAAGACCAACCACGUCUGGAAUUGACCAGGUUAAGGCUAUGCCUUCCCCAAGAACCAUGAAAACUCAUCUUCCUGUGCAACUACUGCCACCAUCCUUCUGGGAGAAAAACUGUAAGAUAAUCUAUGUGGCAAGAAAUGUCAAGGAUAACCUGGUGUCCUAUUACCAUUUUCAAAGGAUGAACAAAAGUCUCCCUGACCCAGGAAGUUGGGAUGAGUAUUUUGAAGCAUUUUUGGCAGGCAAAGUAUUAUGGGGGUCCUGGUAUGAUCACGUGAAAGGCUGGUGGAGGAAGAAAGACAGUCACCCGAUUCUCUAUCUUUUCUAUGAAGAAAUGAUCCAAGAUAGAAAACGUGAAAUUAGAAAGGUGAUGGAAUUCCUAGGGAAGAACACAAAAGAAGAGAUUUUAGACAAAAUUGUCUAUAACACUUCAUUUGAUAUGAUGAAAACGAAUCCCAUGACCAACUACACAAAUGACAAGAAACUGAAUCACGCCAUUUCUCCAUUCAUGAGGAAAGGAAUCAUAGGAGAUUGGAAAAAUCAGUUCACUGUGGCUCAGAACAAGAAAUUCAAUGAAGAUUAUGAGAAAAAGAUGGCCGAUACCUCUCUGUCAUUCUGCAUGGAGCCGUAA